GACGCACGGGACUUGCUUGUUGCCAGUAGACGUCAGAGGUUGUUACCUCGUUAGCAUGGAAGCUAACAAAGCGCAGACAUUGUCAACACAUGAUGGGUUCAUUAGUUGAAAUAGGACUUCACAUGUGUAUAGUCUAAUGUGAGGAUCACCACUAGAGGGGGAAAUAUCACUAAGGUGGUGAUUUUAAAAUGCAUCCCUGCCCUGAUUGUCCAAAAUCCUUCCCGUCGCCAUAUAAACUUCAGAGACAUUAUGUCAUCCACACUGGCCAGAAGCCCUUCACCUGCGCAAUCUGUGGAAAUGCCUUCACACAGUCCGAUCAUUUAAGAACGCACAUGCAGAAAGUCCAUCAUUCAAGGCUUCCAACAGACCGUCUACGCCGGGGUGGCAUCGCAACUCGUAACCAACAAGCAAAUUGUGGUAAACCAGCUGCGGGGAUUAACACACACGGCAGUAGUAAUUACACUGUACUACCUUCGAUGGUGUCGUCUUCUGUGGCUUCACAGCUGGAGUGGAAAAGGGAAAAUGUUGCUCACAAAACUGGAAAUCCACCAAAAAAUAUGCCACGUGUAAAUGACGCCUCAGUGACUUGGAGCUGUAUCUCAAAUGUGGAUCCAAUACCUCGGGAGCAAGUUGAUUCUGCAAGUGCAGACACAUCUGUACGCAGUGCCAGCAAUGGAUACACAUGCAAAGUCUGCUUGGAGUCAUUUACUUCAUCUCUUCAUCUUUGGAUUCACUCGACAAUUCAUGACAAACCAAAACAAUUUGAUAGGGGCAGAGAGCCAGACCAGGCUUUUUCUAAACAAGCCUAUUCGAAAGAGCACUUGCAGUCACAAGAAUUGAGCUCCGGCAGAAGCAAAACUACUUUGAAACACCAGUGUCCUGCAUGUCUCAAAACCUUCUGCUCACCAUCCAAACUACAACGGCAUUUCCUUAAUCAUACGGGGCAGAAACCCUACUCAUGUACGAUGUGCAGGAAAGCCUUCACACAGAAGGUACACUUGAAAUCCCAUUUAAGUACAGCAAAUACAUGUUCACAUUCUGCCCACACUGAAAGGAACAUGCAGAGCUUUUGCAAUAGCAAACAAACCUCAGGUCUGCAGCUUCAGUCUUCACUUCAACAACAUCCCACCAGCCAUCCCUCUCCAGUGAAUUCCUCAGUAGAACUGGAGCUACAGUGUAAAAUAAGUGUGAAUGCUGUGCAGGACCUGAACAAGACCGAAAUCAAGUCGGAUGCCGUCGUAAAACCACAGCAAUCAUUAAAUACACGCAGCCAGUGUUGGAGUGUUUGUCAGAAGUCAGAUGAACAAGAGCGGCAACACUCGACACAUAAAGACUUGAAGCCAUUCCAGUGCAUGAUCUGCAACAGGUCGUUUCAGUUGGAAAUUAAUUUGAUACGUCAUCAUAAAAUUCAUAGGAACCAAAAAGAAUUACGAAGUCCUUCCACUGUGCAAAACAGCAAUAAUGUGAAAAUGCCUGAUUCCGAAGCAAUAAAACCUGAACCCAGUCAUGCAGAUCCAAUUGACUUGAAUGUCAUUGUUAAACCAGAAAACUGGAGUGAAAAUUGCAGUGAUUACAAUGAGUCUCUUCUUCAGGAUUCUGAGUUAAUCACACCAGCGGAACAGGGGAGGGAAACCUGCCAUGCCACCAGCGAGCAGCAGAGAAUUAACUCAUUACAUCAGUGCCAUACAUGUUUAAAAUGUUUUCCAUCUGUAUCAAAACUCCAAAGGCACAUGAUGACUCAUACUGGACAAAGGCCAUUUGGCUGUGAGAUGUGUGCAAAGAGAUUUCGUCAGAAAACACACUUGAGGGUCCAUAGUCGCACUCAUCUGUGGUCUAGAUAUCACAAACAACGAUCAUUGUAUAUUAAUCGGCCAACUUCUUGCAUAGGUGGGUUUAACACAAGGCCUGCAGCAGACGUCCCGGUCCAGGAAAUGUUGCUACAUAAGAAGGAUUUUGAGACACACGUUGGCAGCGAUGUAGUCCCUGUGAAACAUCUGGAUCCGACCGCUUCCAUGGUAAUUAUUCAGAAUGACAAAAGAGAAUCGGAUAACAAGUUGUUGCCACGUACCUCAAAGAAAAAUGAGGUUGUGCGCAUGGUUUCUACAGUGACUGAGAAAAGGACACAGAUUGCUAAAUCAACGCAACACCCAGGCAAUGUGCAACACAAGUGCUUCCAGUGUUUAAAGUGUUUUCCAAGUGCCUCUAAAUUACAAAGGCAUGAGAUGGUGCACACAGGCUUGAAACCAUUUCAGUGUGUUUCGUGUGGGAAAGCAUUCAGGCAAGCUCCACAUCUGAAAGUCCAUGAAAGACUUCACUGUAAGAGGAAACCAUCCAAGCCAGUCAGUCAACAGGGUAACAUGAGAAAACUGAAAGCAAAUAGUCUACAGCAGCUUUACCCGAGGAUCAGUGUUCGUAUCCCACAACAGACGAAAUCGGUGAACACAGAUAGUAAACUUUCAAAUUCUGAUGAUGCUGUAAGUAAUGGAGUGAGUGCGUCGCUCUGCACCAGACGUGAAAUAUCCAUCACAAAAGUGAACAGUCUCUUUAAGACAAACUGUAAAGGUAACGUAACUUUUAAAAAUAAGAAACUUCACACAUGCCGAAUAUGCUUUAAGAGCUUUAUGUUUCCCUAUAAGCUCUCAAGGCACAUGGUCACGCACUCUGGGAUAAGGCCAUACAAAUGCACUUUGUGCAGCAGAACCUUCACUCAGCGUGGUCAUCUAAAAAUUCAUGAGAACAAAUGCAGACAGGGUAACAAGGUCUUGCAUUGUAUCCAAGCAGAAAUGAUGAAUGCCAAGCAUCUCCAGGAUAAAUGCAUUGAAAAUCGUAGCGAUUGCACCAAUUUUAAUGUGGAUGCAUUGAGAGAGCAGCUGGAGUCACAUUAUACAAGUGUUGGUCAUCACUCAUUUACUGAUGGAGAUGCAUCUUAUUGUUCAGAGGCAAUAGAUACUGAAUGGUUGGCGGUGCCAGAAGUAGGCUUACAAGAGGAGGAUAAUGAAUCAGAGAAAAAGCAGAGAGACGAUUGUAAUCAGACUACAGACCAUUGUAAUUUUUCAUUUCCCUCUGAACUUGCCUUUGAAAUAGACAAGCUUGUCCAAAAUCCAAACAUGGCAGCUCCACCUUUGUCACAUCAAUAUGAGGGCAAUGCACAUAAUGCAGAAGUACCAUGUCAGCCUAAAGGAGUUGCGGCUAUUUCAAAUAGCAACAAGCUGCUCAGUGAUGAACUUGUCAGUUCUGUGAUUGAGAAUCAGAUGCAGCCAGAUGAUUACUGGUGUGAACCACUAAUUGUGUUUGAAUGUGCCAGGUGCUCUGUAAGUUUUAACAGUGAAAACAAUCUCAAGCAACAUAUUUGUUCAACUAAUGUUUCACCUAAAAUGACAGCCCAGAAGCAUUGUUGUGAUAUUUGCUUCAAACAUUUUGCCUCUCCCUCUAAACUGAAAAGGCAUUAUCUUACCCACACAGGUCAGAGGCCGUUUGGGUGUGACAUCUGUGGCAAAACGUUCACACAGGCAACACAUGUCAGAACACACCGACUGACUCACUGAUUUUUGUGUAAAAUUGUAUUUAUGAUGAUCAUUAAUACGAUGUUUGUGUAUACUGUAUGUAUGUAAAAUAUGUGAUAGAUGUAUAAUAAUAUGUGCUUUUAUAUUUUGUAUUUUCAGUGUUUCAUGAAUUAAAAAUUAAACAUUCAUGGUA